AUGACCUUGACCACGAAAGAGAUAUUAGUAAAUUAUGUAUCAAAUGCAGGGACAUUAAGAGCAUUCCUAGAGAGUAUCGUUGGGCUUCCAAAUAACCCCCCAUCUCUGUACCUUUCCACAGACUCAUGCAGUCUUAUCGCAUACGUUGAACCAAUCUUAACCCUGAAUGUAAUCGAUCUAUCUGGUCUCCGGGAAGCAAUCCUUGAGAGAAGCGAAAGCGCGGUUCGUUUGAAACAUAUCCUGGAAAUAGAGCCUACACGAAAGGCCUAUACGAGCCAAACAUAUGUCCAUGAAGUACAAAUGAUGGAAAUAGCGUUGCGUCAAAGCGAUAGCCACUGUGAAUGGCUUGCAAGGUUCGAUACAUGCAUAGACCGAGAUUCAAGACUCAACACUAGUACUUUCUCAUUCAAGGGAGUGCGUGGAAAUGGCUUUGAUAAGCGGAUUUUGCAUCUCCCUUUCUUGUGGAAGAAAUACCAUGAUCAGCUGACUACACGCUCACAAUGGGGCAUGGGGUUUUGGAUAUCGAUGAUACGCGAAGCAACACAGAAACGAUUAGAGGCACCAAGAACUGAAAACAACAGCAUGAAUGGCCCUAGAAGUGGCUGGGACUUGGAAUUCAUUGAAGAUCAAACUGAAUCUUGGAAUAAUGAUGUUGAGAUGGAUGCUUACACGAACGGAGAGUGGCUAGGUGGCCAAGAGUAUUGGGCAAGAUUUGAAGUCUUGUAG